GCCGCUUUGAGCAAAGAUGCCAAUAUCAACACACACAGCAUGGAUCUUCAUAGCCAGACUCUGAUGGCUGCCAAGGCAGCCUGGAAGAGUAUCAAUGUAUAAGUUACUAUGUGAUGUUUAUGUUACUUAUGCUUUUGAUUCUCCCUACCGCUCUUUUUAUAGCUGACUGUUUUUAUUCUAGAGACCAGAUCUGGUACCCUGGAAGAAAUGGAUGCCGUAUGGGUCAUUUCUGCUGCCCGUGGUAUCUCCCUUAUCAAACAAUCUCAACACUUGUCCGAUCUGGUAUUAUUAGAAUUUUUUGGGACUUUAACACGACUCCCGCUGACAUACCACGGUAACCCAGAAAUCACAUCGAUCUAUCCUGUGAUAAUCAUACCAAUGAAGUAUCUGGGAUAACACGAUGCGACUAACCUAGUCUCAUCGUAUCAUGCCCUGAAAAUGAGGGGUAAUGCACGGGCCCGUGUCUUGUUCAGCAUCAUUGGCUCUGCGUCUCGAUCGCAUAAACUGAUAGACAUAUUGCGGAUCUUUUACUGGGCGAUGACAAUAAAGGCCACGCUUCAAACAAUGCACGAUGGACACCGCUAAUUGCAAGGGGCGAUUGAUCUCGAUCCCCGAAAAUGAGCAUUCGUAAUUCUUGUUUUCUCAACCACAGUCUGAGACGAAAAAUGGCGAAAUCAGCCGGAGAAGAUAAAGCAUCAAACACUUCGUCGCAGUCGCGCGACGAUGAGACGCCGCAAGAUGGGUUGAUGAUCUCCGCUGGGUCGCAGCAUCUUCAUCGGAAGCUGCGCGGUCGAGAAGUCCAGCUUUUCGCGGUUGGGGGUGCAAUUGGGACGUCUCUUUUCGUCCAGAUGGGCGCUGUUCUGCCCAAGGGUGGACCGGCGGGACUGUUUCUGGGCUUCAUCGUCUAUGGUACGGUGAUCUUGUGUGUCAAUCAAUGUUUCGCCGAAAUGGUGUGCUACCUGCCCAUACCGUGCCCAUAUGUGCGACUGGCCAGCCACUGGGUUGAUGAAGCGUUCGGGCUGGCUAUGGGAUAUAACUUUUUCUUGAAUAUGGGUAUGUUCCA